AUGGAGAAUCUGAGCUUCAUCUCUGCGUUAAUCUUGUUUCUUCACCUCGUUGUUCAAUCAUCAGGGACGACAAGAUUUCCAAAGGCGACAAGAUUUCCGAUGGCGAAGCCAGGAUGCAAUGGUACCUGUGGAGGCGUGACUAUUCCCUACCCAUUUGGAGUCGGCCGUGGUUGUGCUCUCAACGAAUUUUACACCAUAAACUGUACCGAUGUAGUUGACGAUUCCGCCAAUGGUUUAAAGCCAUACCUGGCACUUGUACCUCAAUCUGUUUCUAAGUUUCCUGUGCAGGUGCUGGAAAUAUCCCUGAGUGAUCAGACUGUAACCAUUUAUGUGACGGCCUUUCCAAUUUGCUCAGAUCAAGGGCAAGCAUAUGAGAUUAUAACAAGGUAUCUCCCUGACGGGAGUCGUUUCUUCUUUUCUGCAGAACACAACAAGCUGACGUUGGUUGGCUGCUGCAACGUCCUCCUCACAUCGGCUCCUGACAGUCCAGAGAUCUUGGCGGGUUGCACAUCCACGUGUACUAGCAAGCAGGUAACAGGUUGCUAUGGCCUCAAUUGUUGUCAAGCUAGUAUACCUUACCACCUCGAUUCCUUCGGUAUAAACAUAACAGCCUCGCAGAACUUCGCACCUCGAACCUGUGCUUAUGCCUUGUUGGUGGAUCAAAAGUGGAAAUUUCAAUCGUAUUUUGGCCCUACAACUGACCGGUUUUUUCCCGUUGUGUUGUCUUGGGCCCUCCAGAAUUAUUCUGAUAUUGAUGCCAUCUCAGGUUGUAGUACCAAAUCCAGAUCACUUGAUAUAGGAUCCAGCAACAUUUCCGCAUACUAUUGUGAAUGCAAAGCCUUGGGAGAUGAUACUUGGUCUUAUCAUAUCAAUCCGUACUUAGAUGGUGCCUGCAGAAACGCCAUUUCGCAAAUCAGGGGUAGCAGAAGGCAUAGGAUAGCGGCUGUAGUUGGUUCCGGUGUAGGAGCUGGAAUACCACUUCUCAUAAUCAUUUAUUUGAUCGCACACAGAAGAGUGAGGAGGAUACAGAACAAUAAGCGCAAAGAAAAGGUCUUCAGAAGAAUGUUACAACAGCAGUUAUCUACUGAGGAUAUUCAAAACACAAAGCUUUUCACAGCUGACGAAUUGAGCAAGGCUACUGACGGAUUCAAUCAGAAUCGAAUUCUUGGUCAAGGUGGUCAAGGUACAGUUUACAAAGGGAUGUUGACUGAUGGAAGGAUCGUAGCAAUCAAAAAGGGUAAAAAUGUUGGGAAAAGCCGCUUUGAAGAAUUCGUAAAUGAGAUGGUCAUUCUGUCGCAAGUCAAUCACAGAAAUGUGGUAAAACUCCUAGGUUGUUGUUUGCAAACUGAAGUUCCCCUCCUAAUUUAUGAAUUUGUGCCUAAUGGAACCCUUCACAAUCUAAUUCAUAGCCAGAAUGAUGAUGAGUUCCCAUUCACUUGGAACUUGAGAUUAAGAAUAGCCACAGAGAUAGCAGGGGCAUUGGCAUACCUGCACUCAGAUAUUUCAGUUCCCAUCUUACACAGAGAUGUCAAGUCCAGCAAUAUACUUUUGGAUGAAAAAUACAUAGGCAAAGUAUCAGACUUUGGAACUUCGAGGUCUAUUGAAGUUGAUAAAACUCAUUUAACUACACGUGUUAAAGGGACAUUUGGAUAUUUGGAUCCAGAAUACUUUCGGACGAGCCAGUACACAGACAGAAGUGAUGUAUACAGCUUUGGAGUUGUUCUUGUUGAGCUACUUACAAGACGAAAGCCGAUAUCUUCCAUACAAACGGAAGAAGAUCAUGUUGGGGUGAGUUUGGUAGAAAGUUUUUUAAAAUCCAUGAAUCAGAACUCCCUUAUGACAAUUCUUGAUCCUGAACUUGAUGAGAGAAAUGAAGAAGAGGUUAUUCUUGUUGCUGAGCUUGCGCAACGAUGCCUAAACUCGAACGGGAAAGCAAGGCCGACAAUGAAGGAAACGCACAGGGAGUUGGAAAGAGCUAAACUGUUCAAAGUGGAUUCUACAAUUCAUGCAAAGUUUCAAGAUCCAAGUUGUUCUGGGAAAGAAGCUUUAGGGAAAUCUGAUACUACAUGUUACACAUGGACAAUAGCAAGUGAUACUGUGGAGUCGGCGUCAGAUGCCUACCUUUUCAUGUAUAAAACAGUCUAA